UAUUUGUAUUUCCAAUUAUUUCAUAUAGGAUUGUCACAGUAAUGUUUGCUUAACAUGGUUUUUAUCUAAUGAAAAAUCGCGUUCCGCAAAAAUGCCAAAAAAAGGUGGAAAGAAACAAAAAAAGGGCAAAAAAAUUAAAGAUAUAGACUGGGCUGCAGAUGAAAACUUCAGCAAAACUCGUUCCGUGAUAUAUAUAGAGCACACAACAGAAUGCCCAAUAUUUCAGAGAAAAGCAGAAGAGUUUCGAGAAUUUUUGGAAGCUGAAGUGCCGGAACGCGAAUUCGUUCUUAUACGAAAUGGCAAUGGUAAGAAAGUGCCAAGGUUAGGAGCAUUUGAAAUAAGUUUUUCACAAAACGCUCGCACUUCGCAGUAUGACAUUUGGUCUGGAAUAGAUAAAGGUCCACCAAGAAGAGAUAAGUUCCCAGAAAGCUUUGAACUAGUUAUGCCAGAGGUGCGGAAGAUAUUAAAAAAAUUCUACGCUGAAGCAAAACAGGAAGAAGAAGAGGAUUAGCAAAAAUUAUAAAUCUGAAAACCAUUUAAGUAAACAAAUUUAAA